GCCGGAGAAAGACCAGAGUUGAUUGGAGAAACGGGAAGGAAUUCAUUGGCGAGACCAGAGCAGGGGCGGAGCCUACCAUGAAGAAAGUGGGGUGGAAUCAGAGGGGCGGGGGAAAGGGCGGGGCGUAUAGGAGGAGGCGGGACUUAUUCUGAAGAACAAUUCUGGUUGGACCACAUAGAAGGCGGGGCUGAUUUUCGGGGGAGGGGUGUGUGAAGAAGUGGGCGGGGCCAAAAGCUUUAUGCGUGGUCUGUCAUAGCAACAGUGAACCCACUCCUCUGGCUGAGAAGAUUUCCGACCUCUUACAAAUGGGGAUACUGAGGCUCCAGAGAGCCCCACCCCUGUCUCGGCCAGUCUCAGCUUCUGGGACUCCUGGAGGGCACGUGAAGCCCCCACCUGGGCGCCAGAUCUUCCCCGACGGGCAGUACUUCCACCUGCGACACCGGGGCGUGGUCCAGCAGUCCCUGACCCCGCACUGGGGUCACCGCCUGCGCCUCAAGAAAGACCCCAAGGUGCGGUGGUUCGAGCAGCAGACGCUGCGGCGGCGGGUGAAGCGCUCGUUGGCGGUGCCCACGGACCCCUGGUUCUCCAAGCAGUGGUACAUGAACAAAGAGGUGCAGCCGGACCUGAACAUCCUGCAGGUCUGGAACCAGGGGCUCACCGGCCGGGGCGUCGUGAUCUCCGUGCUGGAUGACGGCAUCGAGAAGGACCACCCGGACCUCUGGGCCAACUAUGACCCCCUGGCCAGCUAUGACUUUAAUGACUACGACCCAGACCCCCAGCCCCGCUACACGCCCAGCGACGAGAACCGGCACGGGACCCGCUGUGCUGGGGAGGUGGCAGCAAUCGUGAACAAUGGCUUCUGCGGUGUAGGUGUCGCCUUCAACGCCCGGAUCGGAGGUGUGCGCAUGCUGGACGGCACCAUCACCGAUGUCAUCGAGGCGCAGUCGCUGAGCCUGCAGCCACAGCACAUCCACAUCUACAGCGCCAGCUGGGGCCCCGAGGAUGACGGCCGCACGGUGGACGGCCCCGGCAUCCUCACCCGCGAGGCCUUCCGGCGCGGCGUGACCAAGGGCCGCGGCGGGCUGGGCACACUCUUCAUCUGGGCGUCGGGCAACGGCGGCCUCCACUACGACAACUGCAACUGUGACGGCUACACCAACAGCAUCCACACGCUGUCCGUGGGCAGCACCACGCAGCAGGGCCACGUGCCCUGGUACAGCGAGGCCUGCGCCUCCACCCUCACCACCACCUACAGCAGCGGCGUCGCCACCGACCCCCAGAUCGGCCCCCCGAGGCCUGCCGCUCUCCGCCCUCAGGUCACCACGGACCUGCACCACCGGUGCACGGACAAGCACACGGGCACCUCGGCCUCAGCCCCGCUGGCCGCGGGCAUCAUCGCCCUGGCUCUGGAGGCCAACCCGUUCCUGACGUGGAGGGACAUGCAGCACCUCGUGGUCCGCGCAUCCAGGCCGGCACAGCUGCAGGCUGAGGACUGGAUGACCAAUGGCGUGGGGCGCCAAGUGAGCCACCACUAUGGCUACGGACUGCUGGACGCUGGGCUGCUGGUGGACAUGGCCCGCAGCUGGAUGCCCACACGGCCCCAGAAGAAAUGCAUCAUCCAAGUCCUGCACAACCCCACCCCCAUCCUGCCGCUCAUGCACGUGGGGACGAACGUGUCGGCCUGCGCCGGCAGCCACAACUACAUCCGCUCGCUGGAGCACGUGCAGGUGCAGCUGUCACUGUCCUACAGCCGCCGCGGGGACCUGGAGAUCUCCCUCACCAGCCCCAUGGGCACCCGCUCCACGCUUGUCGCCAUCAGGCCCCUGGACAUCAGCGGCCAAGGCUACAACAACUGGAUCUUCAUGUCCACCCACUUCUGGGAUGAGAACCCACAGGGCCUGUGGAUCCUGGGCCUAGAGAACAAGGGCUACUAUUUCAACACGGGUGACCAGCAGCGCGUGUGUGCAGCGGGACACAGAGGGGCUGUGCCAGGAGUGCCACAGCCCCGCCUACCUUCUGGGCCGGCGCUGCCUCGCCUAUUGCCCCCCGCGGUUCUUCAACCACACGCGGCGGGCCGUGACCGCGGGGCCCGGGCGCCCGGCCACGCCCGCGCUGAGGGUGUGCGCCAGCUGCCACUCGUCCUGCUACACCUGCCGCGGCGGGUCCGCGCGCGACUGCACCGCCUGCCCGCCGUCGUCCACACUCGACAGGCGGCGGGGCUCCUGCUCCGGGCCCGCCGACCCCCGCGGCCUCCCCCAGCCCACCGCCACCGCCGCCAGCGCCCGCUGCGGCCGCCCCCACCGCCCGUCCCCCGCCGUGGUGCCCGUCCUGCUGGCUGUGGCUGUCGGGGGCCCCCUCCUCUGUGGCGCAUCCACCGGCCGCCCGCCAUAGGCCGGGUCCCAGACGCCGGGGUUGCCCCCAUCACCUGCCAGGCCCAGCUGCCGACUAGAACCCGGAGCUUGGACCCGCCCACGCCUGGGCCCCACGGGCACUGCGUCCCGCCCCUGCUAGACUGGCCUGGAGGGGUGAGAACGGCCCUGAGGGCCCUGGCUGGGCCACGUGGAACCUCCAGGUGGAAGACAGAGAGAGGAGUCCUGUACAGAUUUUGGGUUUGGGGGAGGGGGAGGGUUGGGACAGAGCCCAGACCACCAUGACCACCAUCCCUUCCCUGCCCCUGAAUCCUGGGGAAAGUGGAGGGAGGAAAACAUGACGCCGUCCGGUCUCUGGCACAGCGUCCGACCUCAGAGUUUGCAAAUAAAGGUUGAAUACAAGGUG